AUGCGCGCAAGAGGCAAGGAGAGGGAGAAGCAAUGCGCGUAUUGCGAGCGCACGUUCACCAAGGAGGAACACUUGAGGCGACACGAAAGAUCACAUACGGGAGAAAAGCCUUUCAAAUGCCACAAAUGCAGCCGCAAAUAUGGUUGCAGCGACGUCCUUGCACGACAUCUGCUCACGCACCCUCUCGACGACAUAGCACACGCCCAAGGUCUCAACAGCUCUUCCUGCAACGGCGCAGAAACCUCUCCUCGCCGGCCUGAGAACAUCGGCCAAACGAGCCAGGACGGGACUAUGGUUCCAAAGGACCAAAACAUGGCAUUGCCAUCUGAACAUGACACUCUGAUCAUAUCAAACCAGGAACAGCAGCAGCUAUUUGCAGUGGUCUCAACCACAUUUCCUCCGCCUACACAUCACCAACUUCCCGGUAAACCCUCAUCGCUGUUACCUAGGACCACCACGAGCGAUCCUUCCGGUUCUGUGUCUGGCUCGAAAGCUCAACCACCCAUUAGUCCCUCUGAUCGAGUAGAGACAGCGACGACGACACGGAAUGCGGAUCCGAUGUCGUGGUCCACAACCGCGCAUGAAGGAACGGAUGAUGUUAGCAGAUAA